AUGACGUGUGAAGUAAGUGGAAGUUAAAGAUGGAUUCCAUUUGCUCCAUUCUACCUUACUUUAUCAUUUGAAUUGAUGGAAUAAAAUACAGAUGGUUUUCUCAAAAGAUUCAGAUUUUAAGAGUAGAUAGAACCAUAAAAUGAGCAACAAUUAAUUUUUCUUGCAAAGGAAUUAAAAGAUAAUUUAUCUAUUCUCAACUAUGCAUAUUCUGCAGAGAAAAUUAUUUUCAUUUAUGAAGAUGAGUCAACCACUGAUUUUAAAGAAUCAAACAAAGUAUUCUUUCAAAUACCAGUUUACAGAAAACCUUUGAGUAUGUUUCUUACAAACUAUGGUCCUCUAAUAGUACUUUCAUUUUUGAUUUUAUCCAUUUAUCAAUCUGAAUAUGAUUUUGGGGCUAGAAUCGCCAAUAUAGGAGUUUUAAUCCUUGCUCUAAUUUCAUUUAUUCCUUCAAUGAGAUCUAAUAUUCCACCUGUUUCCUACGUUACUUUAUCAGAUAUUUUGCUUGGCUUUAAUCAAAUUAGUACAUGCUUAGUGUUGCUCUGUAGUUUUAUCUAGACUUACCUAUAAUGGAAAUGGUAACAAGACUUCGAAGUUCAAUAAGAAAAUUUCGAAGUAUCUUCGGAAUUCGAACUUUCAAGAUAUUAGAAGAACAUAUUGAAAAACUUAUCUCUAGGGUUUACAAUUGGUUCUCUAAUUUGUGUUGUUAUUCCAGCUUUGAUAUUAGUUUUUAUUUGGACAUUAUUUUACUUUAAGUACUAGAGAAAGUUUGAAAGAAAAAAUGGGCCAAAUAAUUAAGUAAAUGUUAUUUAAGAUAGAAACAUCGAUAUUAAAAAAUACGAAUUUAAACUAAAGCCAAAUGUCAUAGAAAGUUAAACAUUGAGAUAAUAAGAAGAAAAACUAGCUAAAUUGAGUGGUAACUUAGAGGUAAUAAAGGAAGAAGAUGAAUAAUAAGUUAGUGAAAAAGAUCAGAAUGAUGAAUAUGGCGACGAGAACGACAAAUUGUAGUUUGAAUAAUUAAAUUCGUAAUUAUAACCAACUAAUUGA